AUGGAGGGGCUUCUGACGGCUGUCAAGACCACCACUGGUGAUUCGAAUUCUUUUCUGUCGCCUGCUACGGAAGACUCUGCCCAUAGCAGUUCCUCGGAACCUGAGCUACAAAUCGAUGCAACAUCGUUGGAUCAUAUACUGGCGGUGCUGAAGUCAAAGCCCGACGACAUACAUCUGUCUUAUGUGCUUGCUGCUCUUGACCCUGCAAAGAAGAAAAGUGCACCUAAAACUUUCGACAUCAGGGUCCCAAGCCCAAAUACAGCUCAGGUCCUCAAUGUCCUGGUCAGUAUUACAAUCCCUGACCAUUGGGAAUCCAUUCAGGGACCACGAAAUGGAAAUAGUAAGCUACGGGGGAUGCUUUUGAGAUGCUUCAGCAGUGUUCCUGGCCUGAGUUGCUUGGUCACUCAGCUUCGAUCUCUGAUCAUGGGCAGUCGUUCAGGAUCUCAGAAGGCGAAGGGAUCAAGCGAUUCUAUUCGCUUCCGAGAAAUACUGUCGAUCAUCUCUGCCUUAUUGGAACCAAAAGAUUUUAUCCUGCGUCUUUAUGCAGAUAUUAAUGUCCUCUACUCUAAUGAAACCCAAAAGCAGCUUGCUUGGAGGGAAGUCAUUACUCUUCUUGCGGCCAGUAAAGUUCUUCUUACUGCUGCAGAGGCACUUAUGUUGAUCAAAGAUGUGGAUGACAUUAAUAAAUCCUCCUGGCUUGGUGAAGGAACGCAUUAUGCUUCCUGGCUAGGGGCAAAUAUAUGCCAUAUGGUAAUGAAACCUGAUCUCAAUAAUCAGGCUUGGUCGAAAGCAGUUGCCUCUUUGACCGGACGGGCAUUGAGCAUUGGCUAUACAGAUCAGUUGGUGAGGGAAAUCUACGCAGGUCUUCUCGUAGAUCAAUCCAUGCCAAACAAUUUUGGCUCUCUUUUUGACCACCUUCGACCGACAGAGCAGCUAUCAUUUCUGGACUCUAUCUUACGCGAUGUGCAGAAGAAGUAUUUUGCGGACGAAGUGUCUCACAUGGAUUUUGCCGAUGCUUCUGAUAAGAUUAUUCAGGGAGUCGCGGCCUUGUGCUCAAUUGUCAUUUCCGAGCGGCCACAGAUUCAACAUCAGCUGAUAGACUGGCUUUCGAAAGGUCGCGGGGGCUCUAUUCAGACGUCUGGCUUGCGCCGUGCGCUGUUGGCGACUUUUGCCGAUCAAAAAGAUAUUCUGGAAGUAUUACUCUCGAAAAGCCUUGAAGAGAGUGGCGAUAAAUUCUAUAUUAAACAUGCCGCAAUGAAAAGUCAAGAAGCCAAUACGCAGGUCGUUCUAUUGACUGCCGGGUCCCUUGCACGGCUUGAUGUCAUGAUUGUAAAACGGAUCGGACGCUCAAGUGUCUUUCUGAAUACCGUUUCCAAUCAUUUGGCAGCUGCUUCACCCAGAGCACGCUUUCUUGGGAUGGUGAUCGGUACUGCGAUCUCACAGCUCAUUGAAGAGCCAGGAAAGGCCAUGAAAUUUGAUCUUGAAGAAAUGGAAAGUGACGAAGCAUCAUGGUAUCUUGGACUUACUAAGAAGGCAGACCGAAUUGGAUGUCUUGAAGAUAUCAAGUCACCGAAAGAACGGUCUUCAACCUCACGGUCGUCUACUAGGGAAACCUCUUCACAGACUUCAGGUGUAAAAACAUUUCAUCCGCAACCUGUCAAGGUUAUGUCAAUAGAAGAGAUAGAGGACUCUGAGAAUGGCGAAGACGAGGAGGAUGAGGAUCUGAUACCCUACGAGAAACCGGAUGCUGAUCCGUCAGACUCCGACGAAGACCCGACUUUGAUACAGCGCAAAAAACCGACACCGCCAGUGUACAUCCGUGAUUUGAUUGCCGGGUUACGCGAUACGGAGGAGAAUCCUGAGAAAUUUCAGCUAGCCGUUAGUACCGCACCGGCAUUGAUUCGACGUAAGACCGGCUUCGGUACCGAGCUGGCUGAGAAUAGUGAGGAGUUAGCCCUUAUUCUAGUGGGAUUGCAGGAGCAAAUCAAGCUCCCAAAAUUCCAGGAAUAUCGGUUGCAAAGUAUGAUUGCUCUGAUUGUGUCACAACCUAUGAAGAUGGGACGCUGGUUUGCGGCGAUAUUCUUCGAUGGAGAUUUGUCACAGACCCAGAGAUCUGCGGUUCUCACAGCCUUAGGUCUUAGUGCUCGCCAAUUGGCAGGAAACGGCGACGAAGAUGCACGCAUGCUUGGGCUCCCGACAAUGCCUGAUACUUCCUUCCCAUCCAAUAGACUACCGGGCAAUGUGGAAUCCUUAUAUCUCACCGAUGAGUCUCCUGUCGCCAGUCUCACGAAGAGAAUUGCUCAAACGUCCCUCGAACCACUCGCAGCCCAGGCAGCAGAUACGGCUGCUGGUCCAAACGCACUCAAGGUGCGAACCUUUUCUUCUCGAAUGGAAGUUGAAAAGAAACGCCAGCAACGAGAUGCGCAGCGGCAAAACGCGACAGUCAAGGACCUCCACAAAAUCCUGUCUGAGGGCUUUUUCUAUCCACUCACAGGCCGUUUCGGCAUGAUGAUGAUGCAGUUCUCUUCUUCAACCGCACCCUCCUAUAAUCCUUUCCUCAUACCCCAUAUUCUCUGCCUCUUCAUUCAAACACUCACACUCAUCCUGUCUGCCAUGGGUCCUCACAACACAUACCUUCCGAACCUCACCCAGGAAACAUUGAGUUUUCUUCUUUCACUCUACACCCGACCAUUCUCAGACGAACCUACCAUUAUCUCCGCACUCCUUUCUCUCUUUCUCGCAUUAGUGGAUUUGAAUGUUGCUUCCGGCUCCUCUGGCGAACAACGACUAGUCACUGAGUUUGCGACUCAGGUCAUCGAGCUGCGCGAGUGGGCUGGCUCUAUUUUUGAUCGAACUCCCGCAGCACAGGGACCCAAUGACCCCCGGGAACAGGUAAGAACCUUGGCUGCUGGAGUCAUGGUUAAACUCGGUGAAGUGAUAGAGCGAUACCAAGGACGGUUGAUGGGUGUUAAUUCCGGAUUCGCAUAUUAG